AUGUGUUGGCUGCAUGCGGUUACUUUUGGGACAUUAUUUCAUUUUGGGUUCGGAUUUGACCUGAAUGAUCCUAAAACCAAUCUCGAGUCAGUUCUCCGUAUUUCAGCAACACUGGCCCCACAUGUUGACGUUCUUAACUAUAUAAACGGCACUGUUUAUGGCAGACGACCCGGGGAAACUGUGACCAAGUUGUUCUCCUUUGAGGGGUACAAUAUUGGCCAGAAAUAUCCAACAGGUAACGGGGACUACAUGUCCCUGUCGAGGGAGUUCGUUGUCUAUCGUGACAUUCACACGGGACAUAUAUUGCAGGUUUUCCAAAAUCCCUACUCUGGUAUUCCGAAUGAAGUCUUCUACGUGGCCAACGACCCUGUUAAUGGCGAAUUUCAGCUUGGAGAUAUUACGCCAUUCAUUCUUUUGAAGAAAAAUGUUGUGGCAUUUAACCUGGAUUUUGUGUUAGAGUAUCCCAAUGCUUUAGACCCUGGGAACUACCCAAAAUAUUCAGCUGGUAAAUUUUAUAACUCGGCUGAACUGUUCUCUUACUUUGCAAAUUACUCAGCUCUUGCAACAACCAAUGCGACGAGCGUUGACGAUGUGAAUACUUGGUCGAGGCAUUCUCAGUUUCUACCUUGGCUAGAAAUGGGAACAAUACCAGGAUCUUUGUUUUAUACAACCUUGACAUGGAAAUGUGAAUCAUUUUCAUGUGUGUCACGUGACGUUAUGGAAUUAAUCAAUUCUACAUUUCCAAAAUACAGGCAAGCACCUAAAACAUUUGAGGAGCCAAAUGAAACCUCAUGGACACAGUUCAAAAAAGUCGUCGACAAGCGACGUGCAGAGGGGAAACCUGACAUUCUGAUUCCCACUAUAAAUGUCACUCGUCCAGAGGGACCGAUUACACCAACUGUAGACGGGAGGAUUCUGCAACUUUUAAUGAAUAAAACAGUCACUCUGAACUACAACGGAAGUUCGUUUACUCAAAUCUACAGCCAACAAAGUGUGAAAUUUUUCAACGUAGAAGGACAAAUAUCCUUUCAAUUGAAAAAGUCACAGAAAGGAGAUUUUUUGAUUUCUCUAAAAGACAGAAGGAUAUACAAAAACGUCACCAAUGGCAAGGUCAUGACGUCAUUCAGUAAUCCUUUGACAAACACCACUGUUGAUAUACCUAGCAAUGUGCAACAUAUGAAUUUGACCAUUCUUGCAGAUGAUGCAACCACAAUGGAAAUUCCAAAACCAAAAGCCAUCGGUCUAUUGAUGACCCAUUCUAAGAGCAUUACAUUUGGACCUUCAACAGUAAAUGAAAGAUGGUCAGUGACAAAUAUACAAGCAAUAUUCCAAGAGUCGUUGCUGCAGGACAGGGAACCGUAUUUCUAUGGAACAAUUUCCCAGUUUUCUAGUUGGCCUGUUUGGAUGAAAAUGAAUUAUAGCUUUUCAGGAAAUCUUGUUACAAAGGUUACUUUCGGACGAUUGAUUCAUGACCAUCAUCAGUGA